AUGACCAAUGCAUGCCUACUUUUUCUAUAUCUGGCUACAGAUCUAACCGGCGAUCUAUCGGAGAAAUCACCUUUUCCUGAUGAACCAUUCAAAUACCAAUCGAUUUGCCUGCGCAGGGCGAAGCAAAUUAUCACGUUUGAUUCGAUCGUGCAGAGCCUCCCUCCUGGGUUCAAUGAUGUCCAAUAUCUGCACAUCACAUGGCCUCAUCCCUUCCUCGAUGAUGAAAGCGAUGACAAUUACUCGGACGAUGAAACUGCAUCGAUCGACGUCGAUUCUGACGACGAUAGUGUCAGACCAAGUGAAAAAGAUGGCGAGGAAGAGGGUUUCAAUACUACCUCAGACAGCAGCAGCGACUCGGAGGGCAAUGAAUACAAACCCCUCACCUUGGAAGAAAAACAGGAGAUGAUUGUGGACGCCCAAUGGGUUAUUGGUAAGGGGGGUCUAAACGAGAUCGUGACCUACAGUUUUUCAGCCGAGCUGGCUCGCGGAAACCAGGAUAUCCAAAAGGCCGUACAUGGCAUACUUGCGGCCAGUGUUGUCUUGACCUGUUUGACCCCGUCAAAAAAAAGGUCAAGUCAAAGGGUCAGUCAAGAAUUGACCGGGUACAAAUAUCGCGUCGAUCUAACCGGCGAUCUAUCGGAGAAAUCACCUUUUCCUGAUGAACCAUUCAAAUACCAAUCGAUUUGCCUGCGCAGGGCGAAGCAAAUUAUCACGUUUGAUUCGAUCGUGCAGAGCCUCCCUCCUGGGUUCAAUGAUGUCCAAUAUCUGCACAUCACAUGGCCUCAUCCUUUCCUCGAUGAUGAAAGCGAUGACAAUUACUCGGACGAUGAAACUGCAUCGAUCGACGUCGAUUCUGACGACGAUAGUGUCAGACCAAGUGAAAAAGAUGGCGAGGAAGAGGGUUUCAAUACUACCUCAGACAGCAGCAGCGACUCGGAGGGCAAUGAAUACAAACCCCUCACCUUGGAAGAAAAACAGGAGAUGAUUGUGGACGCCCAAUGGGUUAUUGGUAAGGGGGGUCUAAACGAGAUCGUGACCUACAGUUUUUCAGCCGAGCUGGCUCGCGGAAACCAGGAUAUCCAAAAGGCCGUACAUGGCAUACUUGCGGCUAUCGCAUCUUCGUUGCGUAUCUUGAGCAUCCACUCGGCGAAUGGCCAGGACAUAAUGUCUAUCGCAGAACUCAUUCCAUUUCCGCUGCCUCUUCUAUGA